CCGCCUGAGCCUGGCGCGCCCCCGCCGCUCCCUGUCCCGCGAGCACUGCCCGAUGGCUCGCGGCUGGGCCUGACCGCGCGCGGUGCUCGAGGACCUUGCCCGGGAGGGCGGGCCCUGGACUUCGCCCCGUUAGGUGACCGAAGGGUCUGGCCGCCCGGAGUCAAGGCCCGGUUUCCCGCAGUAAAGGCGGGCGGCAUGGACGGUCCCUUGCCGCCCCGGGAGUCCGCCAGGUUCGUGGCCGCGCGUAGCCGGGAUGUGGCUGUGGACGGCGAGGGUGUGCGCAGGGCGGCCGAGCUGCUGCUGACCGCGGCCUCGGGGCCCGCGCUGCGCGUGGACGGCUGGCGGUCGCUGCACGAGCUGAACCCCCGUACGGCUGACGAGGCGGCGCUCGGCUGGGUGUUCGUGGUGGACACGCUCAACUUCUCCUUCUGGGCGGAGCAGGAGGAGCGCAAGUGCCUGGUGAGCUACCGGGGCAAGGCCUAUAGCGGAUACUGGGCCCUGUGCGCCGCGGUGAACCGAGCCCUGGACGAAGGGAUACCUAUAACGAGUGCCUCCUACUAUGCCACCGUGACCCUGGACCAGGUUCGGCACAUAUUUCGUUCUGACACUGACAUACCCAUGCCCUUGAUGGAAGAUAGGCAUCGUGUUCUCAAUGAGGCAGGGAGAAUUUUGUUGGAGAAGUUUGGAGGCUGUUUCCUUAACUGUGUCCAAAAGAGUGAAAAAAGUGCGCAGAAGUUAAUGCACCUGGUUGUUGAAAAUUUUCCUUCUUACAGAGAUGUGACUGAGUUUGAGGGAAAAAGAGUUUCUUUUUACAAACGAGCCCAGAUCCUUGUGGCGGAUACCUGGAGUGUGUUAGAGGGCAGAGGGGACGGAUGCUUUGCGGACAUCUCCAGCAUCACCAUGUUUGCCGACUACCGCCUGCCGCAGGUCCUCGCCCACCUCGGAGCCCUCAAGUACUCUGAUGAACUGCUGAGGAAGCUUCGCCAAGGAGAAAUGCUGUCAUAUGGGGAUAAGCAAGAGGUGGAGAUCAGAGGGUGCUCACUUUGGUGUGUUGAGCUGAUCCGGGAUUGUGUUCUGGAGCUUAUUGAAAAACAGAGUGAAAAGCCUCACGGCGAGAUCAACUCCAUCCUUCUGGAUUAUUACUUAUGGGACUAUGCCCGGGACCACAGGGAAGACAUGAAGGAGAUUCCAUUCCAUCGCACACGCUGCAUAUACUACUGACCUGGCUGGGACCUGACCCAGACUCCUGUGUUAGUAGCAAACCAAUGAGAUCAUAUAACCACUUGGCUUUGGUAUUAGGAGAAGGUGGCAGAAAUUAUAGGAACAAAGUGUAGAUUAUUCAGUUUCACUUUAAAAAUUUUUUCUUGAGCCAGGUGUGGUGUACCCAGCUACUUUGAAGGCUGAGACAGAGGGAUCUCCAGGUUAGCAUAGGCAACACAGAGAGAACCAUCUCCAAAAAUUGUUUUUCUUGACACACUAACUUCUAACUUUAUGCUUUAUCUACUUAAUUUAGUUUUGACUCCAUUUCCCCUUUCUGUGGACACAUAGUUGACCAAAAUAACAGAAGAACUUUUCCUUAAGUUCUAGAUUUAAAAAAAUUAAUUAUGCCUAUAAUUGUGUGUGUGCGUGUGUGUGUGUGUGUUUCAAUACUGGGGAUUGAAUCUGUGGUCUUCAUACUAAGCUACAUCCCCAGCCUUUUUUUUUUUUUUUUGAUACAGAGUCUCACUAAGUCACUAAGUUGCCCAGGUCUUGGGCUUGAACUUUUUUUUUCUUUUUAAUUUUUAUUUUUGGUACCGGGUAUCAGACUCGGGACUUUGCGCUUGCAAGGCAGGUGACGGAACCACUGAGCUAAAUCCCUGGUCCUGGCUUGAACUUUUUUAUGUGGUUAAUCUUUAAUGAUAAUAUUUUAUUUAUCCAGUUGAUAGUUUUUCUCAACUUAUGCUUUCUUCCUUUUUUCCUUCCUAUAUUCUUCCCUCCCACCUUUCUUUCUCUUUCUUUUUCUUUCUCUCUUGUGCAUCCUAGAUAAGUGCUAUACUACUGAGCCAUAUCUACAUACCCACAGCACAGUAAUUUCCUACAGACCUUAAUCAUUUAAUGCAGAAAACAGAGGAAAUAGAAUCUUUGAUGUAUAAGCUAUUGGUUUUGUAAAAAACAAAUCUUUUUUCUUUUUUUUUUUUUUUGAGACAGGGUCUAGCUACGCAGUUCAGGCUGGUCUUGACCUCACAAUGUAGCCCAGGCCUCUCAGUGAUCCUCCUGCCUCAGCCUCCCCAGGGCUGGGAUUACAGGCUUGCACCAUCACACCUGGCUAUAAAAAAUAAAUCUUGACACUUUAUUUUAAACUUUCUGAGCCAGGGAUUUAGCUCAGUGGCACCGCACCUACCUUGCAAGUGCAAAGUCCUCAGUUUGAUCCCUGGUACCAAAAAAAAACCACUUUUUGAUAAUGGUAGUGGGUUUUAUACAUAAUGCCUUUCACUUAAGGAUAUCUGUUUACCUAGUGUUUAUUUUCAGACUAACUAUAUUGGAAUUGAAUAAAGAUCUUCAAAAUUUUUCUUAAA